GAAGAAAUCCUCAACACAUUACGAUGUCCACGUCUUCAACUAAUUCUGGCGCUGAAGGUGGGGCGAAGCGCUUCAGCCGCCAACAGAUCAUCCAACACGUAAAGAAAAGCCUUCUGUACACCGCCUUCGACGUCAAGUGGGUUCCACAAAGCGCGUCCUUCACGGUGGUCGGGCAGUACCCCAACAACCACGGCGCCCUCUCCAUCUAUCGCCUCGACCACGGCGAGCUGCAGACGACGGCGGAGCUGCGACUGCCGCACCCGCUGAAGUGCUGCACCUUUGGGCAAAACGCAGGUCUUGGCAGCAGUAGCACAAACACGGCCGCCGCCGGCAGCGCUCCUCAGGUGGCGACUGGCGACUUCGCUGGCAGCCUGCGUGUCUUCGAUGUCACCCGCCUCGCGGCCGUCGAUACGCCCGUGAAGCACGCGCUGAGUGAUGUGGAAGCGGCCUCGCUGUUCCACAUUCCACACGCGCACGAGAGCAUCAUCAACGCCAUCGACGGCGCACACUACGCAGGGCCUCCGGAGUUGGUGACGGGCAGCCGCGACGGCGCCGUCAAGGUGUGGGAUACCCGCCAAUCGACCAAGCCGGUCGUAGCGCUGAACCCGGCCGACCCAGCCCGCGCGCGCGAUUGCUGGACGGUGCGCUUCGGCAACAGCUUCGACCCAGACGAGCGCGUCGUCGCCGCCGGCUACGACAACGGCGACGUCAAAAUUUUUGACCUGCGCACCCAAAAGAUGCUGCACGAGAUGCAGGUGAGCAACGGCGUCUGCGACCUAGAGUUUGACCGGCCGGACAUUGCCAUGAACAAACUGAUUGUGUCGUCGCUGGAGGGACGUGUGCGGUGCUACGACCUGCGGACGCUGAACCCUAAGCUCGGCUACGCCUACGUGGAGGAGCGCGUGUCGGACGGCACGGUGUGGUGCUCGCGGGCGCUUCCGCAAAACCGCGAAAUCUUCAUGAGCGGCGGCGGCGGCGAGUUGACGCUGUGCCUGUACAAGUACCCCCCCGAGCGUACCUUGAAGGAUGGCGAUGGGCAAGAGCGUGGUGUAGCAGGCGCGGUGCAGGAGCUGAACAAGGCAAAGGUAGGGGAUCAGCCGAUUAAUGCGUUGGACUGGAACCGAUCGAAGGAGGGUCUUGCCGUGUGCUCGUCGUUUGAUCAGAGCAUUCGUGUCAUGCUCGUGACGAAGUUGGGACUGCUGUCGUGA